UUAAAUUUCAACAGAGAAAUUACAAAUCCACGUUACGUUUGUAUUUUGAGCCAUAUUUAGUGAACAUAAAUCCGGAAAUUCUAAAAGAGCGUGCAACAUAUGGUACACUACAGCUGGUAACGUGCUACUCUUGCUACUCUUGCUAGCAAUAGCAACAUUGAGCGACAUGUCGCUUGCGUGGAAUCCUUCGAAGAACCACAGUGAGCGUGAGAGGUGGGUAUGCAUCUAUCCAAUAUACUUGAACAGCAAGAGAAGCUUGGCGGGCGGGCGAAAGUUGGCUAAAGAUAAGUGCGUGGAGAAUCCAACGCAUCAGGAAAUACGGGAUGUUCUACUGGCGGCAGGCCUCAACGUAGGCGUCGAGAACAAGCUACAUCCGAAAGAGCGUAGCAAGGAGCCUCUGUUCCGCGGUCGUAUUCGCGUGCAGCUGAAAAACGACGACGGUAAGCCGGUACGGCCGGAGUUUCCCACCAGAGAUUCUCUGCUGGAGUACGUCGGCACCACGAUUACGAAGCUGAAGACUCGUCAGGGUAAGCAGAGCUCUGGCGAGCAGGCGUCACAGCCGUCUACGUCGACUUCGAAGAAAGGAAAAGGCAAGGGAAGGAGGUAAAGAGGAAGAUUUGGAACUGUGGAAAGUGAAUUUUUAUUUAUACAUGUAUGUUUUACAUUUUAUAUAAAACAUUUGUAUAUAUAUAUAUAUAUAUGCUCAUAUUUAGAUUCUAUACUGUUUCACACAAUAUAUAAGACAGAGAAUUAAAGUAAUAUUGUAAAUGAAGUAUGGAUUUCCGAAAUGGGUCGUCAUUUAUCAGAUAAACUUUAUCAUAAAUUCUUCUUUACUCAUAACUCUCGAUUCUCCAAUCAAAUUCUUAUAAAAUCGAGAGAUAUGCGAUGAAAGUCGGGAUUGAACUUAGAGCCAUGCGUCAUGUUCGGAGAAUUAAAGUAAUUACUAGUUUUUAUAUCUCUGGCUCAAAAUUUGAAUAAAGAAAAUCUUACACUGGGUUCUAUUAUUAGAUUUUCAAAUUUUAAUUAAAACUCAAAAUAAUACAGGACGAUAAAAGCAUGUUACAUGUAUACAUAUUUUAGUUGGUUCGGAAUAGAAUGAUUGAAAUAGGUCGAUAAAUAAAUUAAUGUUCAAAAUUUU